UCUCGGCAUGUAUGUAUUUAAUGAAUAUGUAUGAAAGCAAUAUUUUAUUUUCGAUUGUUUUUGGAUUAAAAGAAUUGAUCGGAAUUAUUACUAACAAUGAGAAAAUGACGCAAAAUGCAAUAACAUGCGCGUUUAAAAUAUUACAUGCUCUUAAAAAUAAUCUAGAUAUACGUGGUGUAUCGAUUGGUGUAUCUACAGGUAUGGCCUAUUGUGGAGUUGUUGGUCACAACACGAGAAAAGAGUAUAUGAUCAUCGGUACGCCACUGACCUAUGCUAAGGGCAUGAUGGAAAUUUCAUACGAUAAGGUUUGAAAAGAAUGAUUUUUGAAAGGAUGAAUCCGUAUCAAAAAGAAUUUAUUAAAUGUGCUGCGGCAAUCGGUAAACUUUUUAUACGGGGGAUCGUUC